GAGGGAGGUGGGCAAGAUCAGCAAUGUCUGACGUUACGUCGAAUACUCUACCUGGAUACCUGGUAGGCACCUACAGUGGAGCGAGGAGCUUCAGCUGAAAACAACGUCGAUGCCCACAUCCCUCGUCCUCCUCUCUCCCUCAACCUCCACACCCCACUCCGACCACCACCAUCACCACCCACCGAAUGGAAACGAAAUUCACCGCCUGGCCCCGGCGCGCGGUCGGCCGGGGCAGUCUACCCAAGUUCCUCGUGGUAACGGUGCUCUUGUGCACAGUGCUAGUCUGGAUGGCGGGCUCAUUGUACCGGCGCGAGGAUGCGGCGGCCUUGCUGCCGUCGGCGCCGGUCGUCACCGCGAUCGCGCCGCCGCCACCGCCGCCGCCACCGCCGAAACCCCCCACGUACAACUUCCAGUCCAGGCCACAUCUGAACCACUUCUGGGGCGUCGAUGUCACCACAGACCACCUGCGAGGUGAGGGGGAUAGGAAUAGGACGCAGCUCGGACGCGAGAAGGAAUAAAGAGCUGAAGGAUGCGCUGCGGGCGAUGAAGAACAUCGAGGACCGGUUCAACCGGCACUACCGAUACCCGUGGACGUUCCUGAACGACGAGCCAUUCACGGACGAGUUCAAAUUCCACACAUCACGGCUUGCGUCGGGCGAGGUAUCGCACGGGCUGAUCCCGCACGAGGAAUGGAGCGUGCCCGACUUCAUUGACACGACCCGCAUGCACCGCAAGAUGGACGAGAUGAAGGAGAAGAAGAUCAUCUACGGCGGCGACGAGAGCUACCGCCACAUGUGCCGCUACAAUUCCGGCUUCUUCUGGAGGAGCGAGCUGCUGAAGGACUACGAUUGGUACUGGCGGGUCGAGCCGGGGACGAGCUUCUACUGCGAUCAGCUCUACGACCCAUUCACGUUCAUGCGCGAGAAUAACAAGCGCUACUCGUUCGUCAUGACGAUGUUUGAAUUCCGCGCCACCAUCGAGACGCUGUGGAAGUCCACCCGCGAAUUCGUCAAGAAGCAUCCCAACUACCUCGACAAGGACAACUCACUCGGCUUCAUGGUCGACGACUACAACCCCAAGAAAGACACCAUCUUCAACAAAGACUUCAACCUAUGCCACUUCUGGAGCAACUUCGAGAUCGCGGACCUGAACCUGUGGCGCUCGCAGGCGUACCAGGAUUACUUCGAGUUCUUGGACCGGAAGGGAGGGUUCUUCUACGAGAGGUGGGGCGACGCCCCGGUUCACUCGAUCGCGGCAAGUCUGUUCCUGCCAAAGGACCAGAUCCACUUCUGGCACGAUAUGGGAUACAAACACCCGCCGUACAAGCGCUGUCCGUCGGACGAUAUGAGCAUGGACUCCGCGCGAUGCAUGUGUCCGUUCGAGAAGCAUGAGAGCUUCGAUUUCGAUGGAUACAGCUGCCAGAAGAGGUGGUGGAAGUUCCAUGGCCAAGACGACCAGGGAAACCCCAUCCCGCAGUACAAGGUUCCGGACCACUGAACUGAACUGAACAGACGGACAGGCGAGAAGGAAAAGGAAAAGGGGCUUUCAUCAUCAGUACAUAGACAGGAUUUCGGGUUGGUUGGGAGGGUUCAUUCACUUUUCCUUGUGUUUCUUAUGGAUCUGGGGCGUUUU